UUAACUACUCCCACUAGUCAAUUCCUUUUUAUUACAAUCCCCAACAAUGGCUCCAGUUGCAUACUCCGAUCUUUCUAAAUCUUCUAACGAUUUAAUCAACAAGGAUUUCUACCAUUUAUCCACUGCUGCAGUUGACGUCAAGUCCGUUGCUCCAAAUGGUGUUACCUUCACCGUCAAGGGUAAGACCACCAAGGAUGACACCAUUGCCGCUUCCGUUGACGCUAAGUACGUUGACAAGGCUACCGGUUUAACCUUAACCCAAGGCUGGAACAAUGCUAACGCUUUAAACACCAAGUUUGAAUUGUCCGAAUUGUUGACUCCUGGCUUAAAGGGGGAAUUGGAAACUUCUGUCGUUCCAAACGGUACCAGAGGUGCUAAGUUGAACUUCUUCUACCAACAAUCCGCUGUCAAUGCCAGAUUAUUCUUUGACUUGUUAAAGGGUCCAAUUGCCACUGCUGAUUUAGUUGUUGCCCACGAUGGUUUCACUGCCGGUGCCGAAUUAGGUUACGAUAUCUCUUCUGCCAAGGUUAACAAGUACUCUGUCGGUCUUGGUUACGCUAACUUGGACUACUCCUUAGCUGCCACCGCUACCUCCAACUUAUCUGUCUUCUCUGCUGCUUACUUCCACAGAGUCUCUCCAUUUGUUGAAGUUGGUGCCAAGACUACUUGGGAUUCCGUCAAGUCUUCUAACGUCAACGUUGAAUUCGCCACCAAGUACGCUUUAGACAGAUCUUCCACCAUCAAGGCUAAGAUUGCUGACUCUGGUUUAACUGCCUUAUCUUACACCCAAGAAUUAAGACCAGGUGUUAAGUUAGGUUUGGGUGCUUCUUUCGAUGCCCUCAAGUUGUCUGAACCAGUCCACAAGUUAGGUUUCUCCUUAUCUUUCACUGCUUAGGUUGUUUUUAUAUAAGUUAAAAAUAUACAUUAAACAAUUGU